CUCUUAUACCUCACGAGCGCAGUAACGCUUUCAUUCCUAUCUUUUCAGAGACCAGCAACGACGCACUAUUGGAAACUUCUUAGGAGCAACCGAUGGCACAGAACUAGUCGCGUAGACUACGCAUUCAUAAUUUUCAGCCCCUUGGUGUAUGGAAAGUGAUCCUGGAUGGACCUGGGCGAAAACAGCUGGUCCAUGGUCAAGCGAGAAGUGUCCAGCAGCCCAGGGUCACCGGCUGAACAAAGCUACUUACACGGCGACAGGCGGGACAGUCACGCCUCGGAUGAGCUGAGGUCACCACCACCAACGGAGCUUGACGCAUUGGGACACCGACGCUUAGAGGGCAGAUCUUUACACUCCUACGUUCACUUCGGACACCAUAACAACACCCUGCCCACUUCGGAGGACAUAACCCUGUUCACGGAUUUAGACCAAGGUAAUAAACUCAUCAUCUCCAGUGGAGCGAACAAGGGGGGUUUACUCGUCGACCCCAGCGACAUGUAUCAAACACUCGCCAUCGCGGCCGCCCAGAGCCAGACUGGAUAUGAUUCCCCCUCUGGUAGUUAUAUGCACUCCAACCCCAACUCUCCAGUGUAUGUACCCAGCACCCGGGUGGGCCCCAUGAUCCCUAGCCUCCCUUAUCUGCAGCCUAGCGGGUCGUCUCAGCCUAGCCAUGCCGUUACCAACCACUCGGUAUGGUCACAGUCUACUCCGGAGAGCCCCUCCUACAGCACCGGGAGCCCCCACACCUCAAACCGUUUCCACUAUCCUCCAAGCCCGCCUAUGAAUAACGGGGCACCCAGGGACAACGGCUACAGCAACCCGCUGAACGUGGCCAGCAGAGAUCAGUACGGCCUCCCGCGACCGCUCAGUGGAUCCUACACCAACCCAUACUCUUAUGUCGGACCGCAGAUUUCCCAGUUGUCCACGCCAUGGCCCGGAGGCCACUUUGAUAACACCAUGCUGCACACUUUGCAAAGCAGGGGUGCACCUCUGACUAUUCGAGGGCCUAACGGAGAUAUUCUCGAUGACAUGGGAGAAAGCAGAGAAUGUGUCAACUGUGGAUCCAUCUCCACGCCGCUUUGGAGGCGCGAUGGCACGGGCCACUUUCUCUGCAACGCAUGUGGCCUGUACAGCAAAAUGAAUGGACUCAGCCGGCCAUUAAUUAAGCCACAGAAACGGAUGUCAUCAUCCAGACGUAUCGGCCUCUCCUGUGCUAAUUGCCAGACCAGCACAACCACCUUGUGGCGCAGAAAUGCGGAGGGGGAGCCGGUGUGUAAUGCAUGUGGACUCUACACAAAACUACAUGGCGUUCCUCGGCCUCUCGCCAUGAAAAAAGAGGGAAUUCAGACAAGGAAAAGAAAACCAAAAACUUUGAACAAAUCAAAAGGAUCUUCUGGAAAUAAUAAUUCAAUUCCCAUGACUCCUACGUCUACGUCUUCUUCUAAUUCCGAAGAUUGCUCAAAGAACAGCUCUCCAUCCACGCAGGUGUCUGUAACAGGGGUCAACUCCUCCGUCCUGUCAGGCUCAGGAGAGGGCUCAGUCUCUGGGGGAUCAGCAGUGAGGUACCCCGGCCAGGACAGCCUGUACACCAGCGUAGGCCUGACCCAGCCUCCAGACGUGGCUAGCUCGGUGCGAGGGGAGACCUGGUGCUCUGCGGCCUUGGCCUGAGUCUCUGGAGCUGAGGGACAAGACCCAUCACACCAGCCUCUCUCUAUCUCUCUCUCUCUCCGGACAUCCUGCAGAGGGGAGGGAGAAGGAAUCGCCGGCCAUUUGUGGGGAGAGUUGGACAGAGAGACACAAACCUGCAAGUUUGAAACAGCCUUGGAAUAUUUGGGAUGGAUUUCCAGGGAGAUGUGUGUGUGGGGGGUGGGGGUGGGGGGGGGGGGGUGAAGUGCCUUAAGACAAAGUGAAACAUUUAAGACAAGACCAGUUGGUCCUUGUUGGUCUUCAGUGGAUGCUUUCAAGACCGGCUGUACACUGUACAGCUCUCUAUCUGUCUCGGCAUUGGAGAAGGAUCAAAUGUUUUUUCAUGAAUGAAGAAAUGUGUACAUAAUGUUGUGGAUUCCCUCUCUGAAGAAAAAGCUAAUUGGAUGUCAACCAGUGUUUUAUUAAGCGCUGUCUAUCCUCGAAGGACAUUUUGAUUAUUUUUCCUUUUUGCAACUGGAAUCAAGCUAGACAAGUACCAAGACAACCUUCAUGAAUCAAGAGAAAGUAUUUAUUAAUCUUCCAUUGUUGAAAAGAUUACUAUGAUUGUUAAUAAAAAUAUGGAUAUAGAUUAGAAGUAAAACAACAAUUCUUCAUGUCUUCUUUUCUAAUUAAGAGCUUUUCUUCUGGAGUGAAUAGUAAUUUUGAAUCUGCACACAUUUUUCACUGAGAGCUCUUACAGUCUGACUGAAACAAUAUGGUUUUAAACAGGGUAUCAAUAAGCAUGGCAACCUACGCCAUUCAAUUGUUGUUUGAUUAUUUACUGAAUUUGCAAAUUUCUACUCCUACAGAUUUUACAUUUUGUAAUGAAGACACUGUCAACUUUAUGGUACUAUGAAAUUUAUGGAUGUUGAUGUUAUAGGGAUGUGAAAGUGAGAAGGCAAAAUGUAUCAGCAACAUAUACUGUUUGAACAAAAUGGCCACCUUAGUAACUGUGUUGAAGUUUAUUUUUGUUACAAUACAAAACCGCAAAAGAAUACUUAAAUAUAUUCCGGUUGCAACUGAGACUACCUAACUUAUUAUUAUGAUAAUGGAAACAGGCAUUAGAUGAUGGAAUGUAACAAAAGAAAAUCUAAAUGCUAAAGUACACAGGUACAUUUUGACAUUCGAUUUUUUCCCAUGUACAUUUCAUUUUCAGUUCAUGCAUUUUGACAAAAGGUUAGGUACAGAGAAUAAACAUACACAGGAUUUUAAGUCCUCACCAUUAACUGUAAUAUAUAAAAACAUCUCUAAUCACUCCCCAUCAAAAACAGGUUCCAAGUCAUGAUAAAACUCACAAAAAGUGAAUACUUUUCGAUUUGUUUCCAGCCCUCCUAAAGUGGACACUACUUUGACGGUCUAUAACGUUGUAACCUCUGGUAGAACUGUGACCGGGCAACCAUUGGACACGUACCCUCUGCUUCCUUCUUCUCCGAUAUGGGUGUGAAUGGCGCCUAGAUGGAUCCAUUUUAGGGCCAGACAAAUUCCAGUGCACUCUGGGGAAUGUUCACUCCAGGGGAAUCUGAUGAGUUACUAGGUCAUUGUGAAACUGGCAUACAAGGCUUUUCACAAGAUUCUUCAUUUGAAACAGCGCCUUUAGUUUUUUUUCUGGAUUUAUUUAUUUUUGAAGUAUCAUGUUUAUUGCUAGAAUUGUUUCCUAUUAUGUUUGGGGGUAUUUGUAUUUUUGGAUGUUUUAUUUCUGUUUGAAAUGAUCUUAUUUAAAUCUAUCAAAUAAAUUGCUCUGAUAAUACAGACUUCACUUUGGUAUAUU